AUGAGACAUGAAAUAAGAAAGUGGGCAUCCGAACUACAUGAAUCUCCUCUCUUAUCCAAUCCCACUCAGAGCUUCCAAAGAGCUGAAGAAGAAAUCUCUACAAUGGCUGUAAAUGCCACUCCAUUACGCCUCCCACCAGCCAUUCCCACUGGGAAAUGGAGUUCCAAUGCUAGAGUUUGCCUCCCCAGAAAACCCCCAACUCAAUCUACUUCCUCUUUCAACAAGAGCUUCAGAUCUUGUUCCAAUUCUGCAAAUAUUUCAGGUUUCAGAGAGAAAGUUUUUGCAAUCAUUGGUGUUAAGGUCUAUGCUGCAGGACUAUACAUCAAUUCAUCCAUCUCAAACGAAUUAAACGCUUGGAGGGGUCGAUCGGCUGCUGCAAUUCAGGAGGAUUCUUCCUUGUUCAAUAUAAUUUUUCAGUCUCCUUCAGAAAAAUCUUUACAGAUUGUUCUCGUCCGAGAUGUCGAUGGCAAAACAUUCUGGGACGCCUUGGACGACGCCAUUUCUCCAAGAAUCAAAGCACCAACACCGGUCGAUGAAUCUGCAUUAUCUACCUUUCGUAGCAUCUUCGAGGGGCGGUCUCUUAAGAAAGGAACCUUCAUAUUCUUGACUUGGUUGGAACCUCCAAAGAUGCUUGUUAGCAUCUCAGUUGACGGCCCACCGACAGGAAUAGAAGCUACAAUCGAAUCAAACAAUGUGACUUCAGCUCUUUUCGAUGUUUUUUUCGGGGACAAUCCUGUUUCUCCUACUUUGAAGGCUUCUGUUGCAGCUGGAUUGUCUGCAGUUUUGAAAUAGGACCAGGAUUGUCUUGUUCUUAUUAGUUUGAAUGAACAUUUGGAUAAGGUACCACCAAACGAAUUACAAAUGCGAGAUCACAAUAAGUGUAGAAUACAUUUUAGAGAAGGAACCUACUCAAGAAUCUGUUACAAUGCUACUUGACUUUAGCUGCUCAAGCACUUUGACGACCUCUGCCAUUGUCGGUCGCCGAGCAGGUUCUGGUUCAAGACACUUCAAUGCUAUGCUAAAUACGACAUUAACCUCGUCAACCGGAAAACAGCUCAAACUUCUGUCAAGUACAUAUUCUUCCCUUUUCUCCUGAACAACUGUUUUCACCUGACAUUUAGAUGACAUUAUGAAAGUCAGACAAGGAAUAGCUUAUUGUUCAGCUGUCUGUUCUUUUUUAUGAAUAAUAUGUCCAAUUUUUAGCAUUUGAGUA